AUGUCGCACAGCAGCAGGGAACAUGGUGGAGCGACAGCAAGAAUCUGCCAAAAUGAAAUUUUCCAAGCAGUCAAGCUUUGCCUGAAAGUGGCAACGACACUUCAGCUUCUAGUAGCCUACAUUCCCUUCCUCGAAGCAAGCAGCAUCAAAGUUACUCCCAAGAUCAUCGCAUUUUCGUUCGCGGGAACUGCGAAGCCAGGGAACAACGUCCGAACUACCUGCCUCCUCGCGGAAGGCGACAUGCCCAUCACAUUCACUUGGCUCCGAAACGGCUUGGACGCAUCCCAUUUGAAGAAUGUUCACAUUGUCUCACACAGCGACUACUCCCUGCUGAGCGUAAACCCUGUGGAUGGACAGAGUGCCGGAAACUACACCUGCAUUGCAAAAAACCGCGCAGGGUUCGACAGCUUCACAGCAUACCUCGACGUUGAAGCACCUCCAAGUUGGCUACAUGAACCUCAAGACGUGGGUGGGACGUUGGGCACUAGGCUCGUCGUCGAUUGUACAGCAUCCGGCUCACCUGCACCAGUCAUUCGAUGGUUCAAGCUUCAAGACGGGGGUUCUCCACACUCCAAAAAGACGGGACAGCCCCGCGAAGCCAACCAGAACGGGACGAUGGUAAUACUGCACAUAGAGGCGCAGGAUGCUGGACAGUACGUCUGCGAAGCUGACAACGGCAUCGCGCCGACGCUGAGAAAGACUGUCAACGUCAAAGUAACCGAGGUUCCUCAGAUACGACCAUUUAGCUUCUCCAGGAACAUACCGGUCGGCGGCAAAGCCCUCGUUACAUGCUGGAUAACGUCCGGAGUGCAGCCUGUCACAUUUUCGUGGUUGAAGGACGGUCAGUCGUUGAACACGGUGCAAGGAACGCGACUGAAAGCUGAUCCAGACUAUUCCGUGCUCCUUCUGGAGCCAGUAGUGCCUUCGCACGUGGGAAACUACACCUGCAUUGCAAAGAACAAGUUCGGAUUCGACAGCUACACAACUGUUCUGGAAGUAGAGUCUUCACCGACGUGGAAAAAGGCAUCUGGGGAUAUUUCCGUUGUUAUCGAUGGAACACUUGUCAUCGAGUGCUCAGCAGCAGGCUUCCCACAGCCAACGCUGACGUUUCACAAAAUCGGAGACAAGUAUGACAACCCCGAUGUCCCGAAAAUGGAUAACGAGCGGCUGACAGUUCAUCGCAACGGCACUGUGACCAUCACGCAAGUGUCGAUGAAAGAUGCGGGAACGUACGCUUGCGAAGCUCAAAACGGCGUACCACCCAGCGUACGACACACGGUUAAAGUCAUCGUCAACGGUGAGAAUGGAGACCUCAAACCACAAAAGAUGACUGGCUUCGCAGGAAGAAUAUCGACAUAA